AUGCUGCUGCUUCUUCAUGUGCUGAUGCUGUCGCUUCUCUCCAGUGGUUCGGCAAAAGUUGUGCAGAAUUUUGAGAGUGAAUGUGGUCAAUUUUUUGCAAAUGGAAAAUCACCAACAAGAUUUAAUGAAUCACAAUACAAGCAGAUCUGCCAAACUCUAAAUAAUGAUUUUUAUUAUGCCACAUUCUAUGACACUCACAACAAGAUCCCCGUGUACUCAGCCUACAAGUUUGAAGGGAUAAUGGGCUGCACAAGAAUAGAAAGUUGGUACAUUGAACCUCAAAUUGAUGAUCCUAAUAAAGGACAAAACAUGGAUUUUGGGAGGACUGUGAAUAUACAUAUGCGUGGAAUCAAUCAAGCUCUCAAUAGAGAUUAUGAUAAUUCUGGCUAUGACAGAGGUCAUCUGGCACCAGUCUACCUGGCAAACUCACAGAGCUGUGCUGAUGCCACCUUCUCUCUCACCAAUGCUGCUCCACAAGCCAAAUGUUUCAACAGAAUUUUUUGGUGGGAUGAAGAACUAUCACUAGGAACACAUCUGAAAACAGCAUGUAGUUCACAACCAGUAUACAUUGUGACAGGGGUGGUACCAGACCCUAAUAACAGCAACAGAGUGAAUGUGCCUAGUCAUUUCUGGACUGCAUACUGCUGUUUAGACCAGAAUAACAGAUGUUCAGACUCAGGAGGAGUUAUUGGAACCAAUGACAAUAACUCCAAUAUUCAGAAAAUGAGUGAGUCUGAUUUAGAGGAAGAGUUGAAAAACCUUUAUGGAAAAACAUUUCAGUUGUUUCAAUAA